UGAAAAGUCUCAAUUUGAGCGGAUAAAAUUUUUUGCAUUUUCCAUUGAAAUUAAUUCAAAAUUAAAAAUUGAUAAUAGAAAAUACGUGUUUGUAAUACAUAUAUUUUUUUCAGUUUUAUAAUGUCUGAAAACGUUGAAAAUGAUCGUGAUGAAUCAAAAUCUUAUAAUCUUUUUGAUCUUUUAAAUGCAGAAAAAGAAUUGGAAGAGGAAAGUGCAGCUGUGUUAGGUGGCUCUGAUGAUAAGUGCUGUACUUACAAUACGGGUUACAUCAAGAGACAAGCUCUAUAUUCAUGCUUAACUUGUUGUCCAGAGGCUAAGGAUGAUCUAACUAAAGCAGCAGGCGUUUGUUUAGCAUGCAGUUAUAAAUGUCAUGAAAAUCAUGAACUAGUUGAACUGUACACAAAAAGGAAUUUUAGGUGUGAUUGUCCAACAAUGAAAAUUCCAGAGUUUAAGUGCUCAUUUUUUAAUGUAAAUGAGAGCUCAUCAUCUAGUAGUGUCGAACAUUCCAAAAAGGAGAUAAAUGUUGCAAAUGAAUACAACCAAAAUUUUUCAGGAAUUUAUUGUACAUGCAAGAGACCUUAUCCAGAUUCUGAAGAUCCAAUUUCUGAUGAGAUGAUACAAUGCAUAAUUUGCGAAGAUUGGUAUCAUACCCGUCAUCUAAAAAGUGAAAUUAUUCCAAAAACCAAUGAAUACUCCGAAAUGAUUUGUGAACAUUGUGUUCAGGAGAAGGAAUUUUUAAAAGAUUAUAUUGGAUUGGCUGUAAAUAAAGUUACAAAAUUCGAAAAUGGUCAUGAUAUAACUGAAAAUGUAGCGAUAGACGGUGAAAAAUCUGAUGAAAAAAAGAACGAACCAUCUAAAUCUGAAAAUCAUGACAAAACAGUAAGUAAUGCAGAAGCUACAAAAGAAUUGGAGGAUGAAAAUUAUGAAUCUCCGUGUAAAAAAAGAAAAGUUGAGGGACAUGAAAUUGAUACAUGCAAAAAACCAUUUGAUACUAUGGCAAAAUACAAAGAGGGUGCUAUUUUUUGGCCAGAGGAAUGGCGUAAACAGCUAUGUUGCUGUGCAUCUUGUAGAAAGAUUUAUUCUGAAAAAAAAGUUGAAUUCUUGCUAGAUCCUGAAGACACAAUUGCUGUUUAUGAAGAAAAAGGUUUGAAAAAAUAUCACGACACAUAUUAUGAUUGGGCUGCCAAAUCUUUGUCAACUUUGGGACAUGCACAAAAGAUUGACUUGAUCAUGGGCUACAAUCAUUUAAAAGACAAAUUGAAAGAAUUUUUUGAUGAAUUUUCUAAAGAGAAAAAAGUCGUUACAGAAAGCGACGUAAAAGAUUUUUUUAAAAAAUUGAACACUGAGAAAUUGCAAGGUUUAAGCAAAGAUCAACAAUACUUUUGUCGUUAAUUUUAAUUUUGAAAUGUUUAACUGUAUUUCUUGAAAAGCAGUAUUAAAUGUUUUUUUCUUUCUUUUCAAUCUUUGAAAACAAAAAAUUAGUAAUUUACAAAAUUUGAAUUAUGUACGUGGAUUAUUAAUAAAAAAAACUGGAAUAUUUAUGUUUAUAAUAUCUUUGUGUUGAAUACAUAUAUGAUUUCAUCUGUAAUAGAGUAUAAAUUUUGUACUGAAACGUCUCAAAAUAUUGGGAGCAGUUCCCUGCAUUCUUUUCACUUAUGAUGUUGGUAGAGUUACGAAAAUAUGAACUAAUUAGGAAUUAUAUAAAUUUUAAGAAAACAUAAAUUAUCCUUGAAAUUACUAACUGAAAUUGACAACGAAGAACUUUAAAAGUUUCUCAUUUAUUGCU